CAUUCCCUCCACGUCCGCUAGAACCGAGUGGUGCCAAAGUUGACUCGAAACGAAACUCAUUAAGCCCAUUAAACCAACACACAAAGCUUCAACUUCAAUUUGGUUACUUCAUCCACACUGAAUUUUCUCUGAGCUGAAACGUGAAGGCACUCUUUAUACCCUGGUUUCGACCUAGAUUUCUCAUCACGGUGGUGUGUUUUCUGGUUUGAAAGCCAAAUUGCCUUGGUUCUGUGUUUUCCGGUUUGAAAAGCCGAAUUGCCCUGUUAUUCAGAGCGUGCUUGCUUCUAUAUCGUUGUUUGACUGUUUCAUAAUCAGGACGCGUUGGAAAUCAGGUAGGGUAAUGACACUUUCAACAUGUACAUCAAGCAGGUUGUGAUUGAAGGUUUCAAGAGUUACCGAGAGCAAAUUGCCACAGAGCCUUUCAGUUCUAAAGUUAAUUGUGUUGUCGGUGCUAAUGGAUCUGGAAAGACAAACUUUUUCCAUGCGAUCCGUUUUGUAUUAAGUGAUCUCUUUCAAAACCUACGCAGUGAUGAUAGGCAUGCACUACUCCAUGAAGGAGCUGGACAUCAGGUUUUAUCUGCGUUUGUGGAGAUUGUGUUUGAUAAUUCAGACAAUCGUAUCCCGGUUGACAAGGAGGAAGUGCGCUUGCGCCGGACUAUUGGUUUGAAAAAGGAUGAGUAUUUUCUAGAUGGAAAACACAUAACAAAAACUGAAGUGAUGAAUUUACUGGAGAGUGCUGGGUUCUCUCGAUCAAAUCCUUAUUAUGUUGUACAACAAGGAAAGAUAGCAUCACUAACCUUGAUGAAAGACUCUGAACGACUGGAUUUGCUGAAAGAAAUAGGUGGUACCAGAGUUUAUGAGGAGAGACGUCGUGAAAGUUUGAAAAUAAUGCAGGAAACAGGUAAUAAAAGAAAGCAAAUAAUCCAAGUUGUACAGUAUUUAGAUGAAAGGUUGAAGGAACUAGAUGAGGAGAAGGAAGAACUUAGAAAAUAUCAGCAGCUUGACAAGCAGAGGAAAUCCUAUGAAUAUGCUAUUUAUAGCAAAGAAGUUCAAGAUGCCCAGCAAAAGCUGACAGAGAUAGAAGAUGCUCGAGCCAAGGUUUCUGAAACAUCAGCAAAGAAGUAUAAUGAUGUUGUUGAUGCACAUGAAAAAUCCAAAGAUUUAGAGAAUACAUUGAAAGAUGUAACGAAAGAGCUUCAAAACUUUAACAAAGAGAAAGAAGUCAUUGAAAAACGACGAAGAGUGGCACUACAGAAGCACACAGAGCUUGAGCUUGAUGUCAAAGACCUGCAAGAGAAGAUCUCUGGAAAUAUCCGAGCCAAAGAAGAUGCUGCAAAACAACUUGAGAUACUUGAGAAAGAAAUUCAAGAUUCAACAGUUGAACUGGGCAAAAUCAUUCCUUUACAUGAAGAUCAAGUUCAAAAAGAAAAAGACAUUGCCAAGCGAAUAAUGGAGCGCGAGAAGAAACUCAGUAUACUUUAUCAAAAACAAGGACGAGCAACCCAGUUUUCAAGUAAAGCUGCUCGUGAUAAGUGGCUUCAAAAGGAGAUUGAUGAUCUUGAACGGGUGCUUUCUUCAAACAAGGGACAGGAGCAAAAGCUUUUGGAUGAAAUUGAUCGGCUUAAUGAAGAACUACGUGAUUGUGAUGAGAACAUAAAUAGACGAAAAUCAGAUAUUACUGCUUUGGAAACUCUCAUUGCUCAGUCACGUGAAGGGCUUAAUCAUUAUAAAGUAGAGAGAGACAAGUUACAUGACGAGAGGAAGUCCCUAUGGGGCAAAGAGAAUGAACUUACUUCUGAAAUUGAUAAGCUGAGAGCAGAAGUUGAGAAGGCUGAAAAGAGUCUUGAUCAUGCAAUUCCUGGUGAUGUGAGAAGAGGGUUGAAUUCAGUUAGGAAGAUCUGCAGGGAGUAUAACAUUUCUGGAGUUCAUGGUCCAAUUAUCGAGUUACUGAAUUGUGAUGAAAAAUUUUUCACUGCUGUUGAAGUUACAGCAGGAAACAGCUUAUUUCAUGUGGUGGUUGAAAAUGAUGACAAGUCAACCCAAAUAAUUAGACAUCUUAAUUCACAAAAAGGUGGCCGAGUUACAUUUAUUCCACUUAACAGAGUUAAGUCUCCUCGCAUCACUUAUCCACAGAGUUCUGAUGUCAUACCUCUUCUAAAGAAAUUGAAUUUUAGGCAUGACUACACUCCCGCAUUCAGUCAGGUCUUUGCUAGAACGGUUAUCUGUAAGAAUUUGGAUGUGGCUUCAAGGGUUGCUCGAACUGAUGGUCUGGACUGCAUAACAAUGGAUGGUGAUCAAGUAAGCAAGAAAGGUAGUAUGACUGGAGGAUUUUAUGAUCACAGGCGAUCAAGAUUGAAGUUUAUGAAUAUCAUCAAGCUGAAUGCAGACACUAUUCACACUAGAGAGGAGGAAUUGGAGAAAGUUAGAAUUGAUCUACAAGAUAUAGACCGAAGGAUUAAUGAACUUGUUGCUGAGCAGCAGAAGAUUGAUGCCAAGCGUGCUCAUGACAAAUCAGAGAUGGAACAGUUUAAGCAGGAUAUUGCUAAUGCUAAUAAGCAGAAGCAGUUGAUAUCUAAAGCACUUGCAAAGAAGGAGAAGUCGGUUGUCGAUGUCCAGAAUCAGAUUGAACAGCUCAAGGCUAGUAUCACAAUGAAAAAGGCUGAGAUGGGCACUGAGCUCAUUGAUCAUUUAACACCAGAGGAAAAAAAGCUUUUGUCAGAUCUGAACCCUGAAAUCAAAGACCUUAAAGAGAAGCUUGUUGCUUGCAAGACUGAUCGCAUUGAGACAGAAGCACGGAAAGCAGAGCUGGAUACCAAUCUGACUACUAACCUUAGGAGAAGGAAACAAGAGUUGGAGGCUGUAAUAUCAUCUGUGGAUGAUGACUCUUUGGUUGCUGAUGCUGAAUUGAAGCAGCAGGAACUUAGUGAUUCUAAAAUAUCGGUUGAUGAUGCAACAGGGCAGCUUAGAAGAGUUACUGAAAGUAUAAAUGACCGAACAAGGCAAAUUAAAAAGAUAAAAGAUGAAUUGAAUAAAUUGAAGUCCUUGGAGGAUGAGUAUGAUAGGAAACUUCAGGAAGAAGCUAAAGAAUUAGAGCAAUUGCUGAGUAAAAAGAAUAUAUUUGCUGCUAAAGAAGAGGAAUAUGCCAAAAAAAUAAGGGAAUUGGGCCCAUUGACAUCAGAUGCUUUUGAAGCGUAUAAACGGAGGAAUAUUAAAGAGUUGCACAAAAUGCUGCACAGGUGCAAUGAGCAAUUGCAGCAGUUUAGUCAUGUAAACAAGAAAGCACUUGACCAGUAUAUAAAUUUUACAGAACAACGAGAAGAACUUCAGAAAAGACAGGCUGAACUUGAUGCAGGAGAUGAGAAAAUUAGGGAGCUGAUAUCAGUGCUAGAUCAACGGAAGGAUGAAUCAAUAGAACGUACUUUCAAAGGUGUUGCUAGGCAUUUUCGGGAAGUAUUUUCCGAACUUGUACAGGGGGGUCAUGGUCAUCUGGUUAUGAUGAAGAAGAAGGAUGGUGAUGAUGAUGAAGAUGAGGAUGGUCCUCGUGAAGCAAAUCCAGAGGGGAGAGUAGAAAAGUAUAUUGGAGUGAAAGUGAAGGUCUCUUUUACAGGACAAGGGGAGACACAGUCCAUGAAGCAGUUGUCUGGGGGUCAAAAAACUGUUGUUGCCCUUACACUUAUCUUUGCCAUACAGCGAUGUGAUCCUGCUCCCUUUUAUCUAUUUGAUGAGAUCGAUGCAGCGCUGGAUCCACAGUACAGAACUGCUGUCGGAAAUAUGAUCCGUCGCCUGGCCGACAUAGCAAACACUCAAUUUAUCACAACAACAUUCCGCCCAGAGCUAGUGAAAGUUGCUGACAAGAUAUAUGGAGUGACACAUAAAAACAGGGUCAGCCGUGUUAAUGUUGUAUCCAAAGAAGAUGCACUAGAAUUUAUUGAGCAUGACCAGACGCACAAUGCUGAAUAAGAUUAACCUUUCAGCUCUGGGCACUCUUGGAAGCAUGUAAAGACUGCGGACCCAAGUUUAUUGAAAUCCUUCAACCUACUAUUCAUCUGAUGUGUAUUAACUGGCGUGACGCCAAUCCAGGUCGUGGAGUAACCAAAAAGCAUGAUCAGAUAUGCUUACAAAUUAUCUCUUUAAAUGGAUCAAUACAACUUGACUCAAAUUAAUUUUAGGUUUAAUAUGAUUUUUGGUUAUUGAAGAUUUUAAAAAGGAAAAAGGAUUCUGAGAAAAUUAUAUGUAUAUUUUAGAAAAUGUUAUUCGUUUUCAUCUCUA